CCAUCGAUCCCCAGAGCUGUCCUUCAUCAUUGUAUCACACUGUUAUUGGAGAGAGGUUUGGGUUUGGCACUGGUGGCUGACUAAAAUGGUGCCAUUAAAAAUGAGAAUCGUGAUUUUAUUUUUUCUUGUAAUAGCGAUGUCUUUUGCUGUGGAGGAAACGUGCUUGGGACGAUGUCAAAGUGGCUUCGAUUCUACAAAGAAAUGCCAGUGUGAUACCAUGUGCAAGUACUAUGGAAGCUGCUGCGAGGAUUUUGACACCACUUGUCGAAAGAAAUUUGCCCGUGGUGACACGUUUGAGGAGCCUGAGGAGAAUUUGACCUUACUAACCACAGAAGAACCGAAUGUGGCAACCACCAUCGCUCUGCCCCAAACUACUGCAGUUUCCAUACCUACACUUCCUCCCGAUCCAGAAGCUGUCACCUGUAGCGGCCACACCUUUAAUGCCUUCAUGCAAUUAAAGAACAGUUCAAUAUAUGCUUUCAGAGGGGAUUAUUUCUUUGAGUUGGAUGACCGAUCUGUCAUGCCUGGCUAUCCCAAACUCAUUAAGGAUGUGUGGGGCAUCUCCGGUCCCAUUGACGCUGCUUUCACUCGCAUCAACUGCCAGGGAAAGACUUAUAUAUUCAAGGGCAAUAAGUACUGGCGUUUUGAUGGUGAUGUCUUGGAUGAAGAUUACCCAAGAGACAUUUCCGUGGGAUUUGAAAAGAUCCCAGAUGAUAUUGAUGCUGCAUUUGCAAUCCCGGCUCCAGGCUAUCGUGGGAAGGAAAAAGUGUAUUUCUUUAAAGGUGACCAGUACUACCAGUAUGAGUUCAAACACCAGCCUUCCCAUGAAGAAUGUGACCGCAUGACCAAGUCUUCACCCUCUGUUGCUUUUACACGUUAUACAAAUCUGUACUGUGACUUGGAUAACAUGUUCUCCUUGCUCUUUCAAGGCUUUCAAGGACAUCACAAAGGGCCACGUUUCAUCUCCAAAGACUGGGUUGGCAUCAAACCUCCUGUGGAUGCUGCAGUGGUGGGAAAACUGUAUGUAUCUCCAGGGCCCUCACCUUCCCCAGUGACCAGCUCAAGCAGAGGCAGAUCCAGACGGAGAAAGAAGGCCAGGGGCCGAGGAUCCAGAGUUAGCCGCUCACUGUUCUGGGAAGACUUUGGCUUGGACUAUGAGGAAAGGUAUCAUGGGGCAGAGAAGCAUGGAAAAAAUCAUAAAAAGGGUCGGGGAAGACGUCCGUCAUUUUCUUUCUUUGACAUGAGCUACGACCCAGAGGACUAUUUAGAUGUGGAGGUUGUCCAAGAGAAGGCCACACCUGUCCAGAAUGUCUACUUCUUUAAGAAAGAUAAAUACUACAGAGUGGACCUGCAGACCAAAAGGAUCGACUACGUAAACCCUCCAUACCCAAGAUCCAUUGCUAAGUAUUGGUUGGGAUGUAAAGAGAAGGACUUGUCAGAGAAAAAAUAAGAAGCAAGGUUUCUACAUUUGAGUUGAAAACAAAGAUUUUCAUGUUAUUACUAAAUUAGAAGCUAAUUAUUAUAAUAAUUACAUUAAUAUCUUACAUAUUAAUAUGUAAUAUGUUUCAUUACAAUAAUAUCUUACAUUAUGUAAGUUUAGCUUGUAUUAGAAUAAAAAGCUUCAAAAAACCAUAUCCUAUGUAUAACCCCUUGCGAUAGCAAUGCUUAUUGUUGAUUUGGUUGCCAAAAUAAAAUGUUCUUGUUAUAAGUAUCAAAAUGUCAAAGAUAAUAAAAUGAUUAUUCAGUGUAA